UAAAACCAGAAAGCAUGAAAGUAGUGUUCUAAAGCUCUACCGUACACAAAAAUGGCUACUACUACAACAACAACAACUUCUCUUCUACCAAAAUCCAUCUCACCUUUCCCCACAAACCCAUCAUCUUCUUCCUCAUCAUCUCCCCUAACCCACUUCCCCAAUAAUCUCUCCUUUAACCAACCACCUCUCUCCACCAAAAAACCCACCACCACUCUCAUUCCAAACGCCACCAAGAAAAAAAAGAACCCAUGGCUCGACCCUUUCGACGACGGUGAUGACCCCGAAUUACAAUACGGCUCUCUCUUCACCGAUGGCAAGCAAGAGGAAGAUCCAAGACCACCCGACAACCCUGAGAACCCGUAUGGAUUCCUCAAAUUCCCAAUGGGUUACAGUGUGGAAAUUGCUUCUCUGGGUCUGAAGAUCAGAGGCGAUGUUUGGCGAUGUUGUUGUGUUGUCUCGGGUGGUGUUUAUGAGAACUUGCUGUUUUUUCCGGCAAUUCAGUUGAUUAAGGAUCGGUAUCCUGGUGUUCAGGUGGAUGUGGUGGCGGCGGGGAGAGGGAAGCAGAGUUAUGAGUUGAAUAAGAAUGUGAGGUGGGCUGAUGCUUAUGAUCCUGAUGAGGAUUUUCCUGAGCCUGCUGUUUAUACUGACAUGAUUGGGAUAAUUAAGGGUAGGUAUUAUGAUAUGAUCUUAUCCACCAAACUGGCAGGGCUUGGCCAUGCUGCAUUUUUGUUCAUGUCAACCGCCCGCGACAGAGUGAGCUACGUGUACCCCAAUGUAAAUGCUGCGGGAGCUGGAUUACUUCUAUCAGAAACAUUUGUUCCAGAUAGCAUGAAUCUUUCUGAGGGCGGAUACAACAUGUACCACCAGAUGAUUGAUUGGUUGGGAAGACCAGGGCGCAGUGUGCCAAGGCAGCUUGUGCCUCCUCUGAAAGUGUCAAUAUCAAGGAAGCUGAAGGAGGUGGUAGAGGCAAAAUAUAAGAAAGCCGGUGCAGAAAAGGGAAAAUACAUAGUGAUUCAUGGGAUACAAUCAGAUUCAAAAGCUUCUAUGCAGUCCAGAGGAGACACUGAUAGCUUGCUACCCAUUGAAAUUUGGGCUGAAGUAGCCAAGGCAAUAAGAGGAGUCAAGCCAAUCUUUGUCAUUCCACACGAGAAAGAAAGGGAAAAUGUUGAGGAAGUUGUUGGAGAUGAUGCUUGUAUUGUUUUCAUCACUACGCCUGGACAGCUGGCUGCUCUUAUUAAUGACUCUAUCGGGGUAAUAGCCACGAAUACAGCAGCUAUCCAACUUGCACAUGCACGUGAAAAACCCAGCAUUGCAUUGUUUUGUUCUGCAGAGAAGGGAAGACUCUUUAUUCCAAAUGCAGAAGAGAAAAAAUGCACGGUUGUUUCAUCCAAGACAGGAAAGUUGGUAGAUAUUGAUGUCGAAGCCGUUAAAAGUGCCGUUCAAUUUUUUGAAAGGCCUUUAGCUCUUGUCUAAAAGAUCGCUUUUUCUUUCUUUCAUCUUUCCCUUCAAUUUGUUUGUGUUCAUUUUUCGUCAAUUGUAUAUUGCAAAGCCAAGCUAUGAGCAAUAUGAAAUCAGAUAUAGCUGCAA